AGGGGCAGCCCCUCUGUCUUCCCAACCUAGGUGAAAAUGCUUAUGAAAAACCCAAAGCAUGACCUGGAUACAGACUAGAAAUCGUGAUCAGAGGGACACUGCUUAUAGAAAAAUAUAUGACAGUUUCUAAUUUUAUGAAUUAAUAAAGCAUCUAUUAUUGCUAUUAUUAACCACAAUUACAUUAAACUGCAUGUCAUUGCAGUUGAUUCCAGUCAAGAAACUCUUAAAUUGUACUCGGAAGAGCCAGGAUGGAGAUAUCAAUGCUCCCACCUCAGAUAUAUGUAGAAAAAACUCUGGCCAUUAUCAAACCAGAUGUUGUUGACAAAGAGGAGGAGAUACAAGAUAUCAUUCUCAGAUCUGGAUUCACCAUUAUUCAGAGAAGAAAACUACGUCUCAGCCCUGAGCACUGUAGUAACUUUUAUGUGGAACAAUAUGGAAAAAUGUUUUUCCCCAAUUUAACAGCUUAUAUGAGUUCUGGACCACUUGCUGCCAUGAUAUUAGCUAGAUAUAAUGCCAUCUCUUACUGGAAAGAACUUUUGGGACCAAGUAAUAGUUUAAUAGCUAAGGAGACACACCCAGACAGUCUAAGGGCAAUUUAUGGCACAGAUGAUCUAAGGAAUGCACUUCAUGGAAGCAAUGACUUUGCUGCAGCAGAGAGAGAAAUUCGAUUCAUGUUUCCUGAAGUAAUUGUUGAGCCCAUUCCGGUUGGACAAGCUGCUAAGGACUAUUUAAAUUUAUAUGUAACACCAACUCUACUUGAAGGACUCACAGAGCUUUGUAAGCAAAAACCAGCAGAUCCGUUUAUUUGGCUAGCUGAUUGGUUACUAAAAAAUAAUCCCAACAAACCUAAACUUUGUCACUAUACAAUUUCAGAAGAAUUGGAAAAUAAAGUCCUCUGAAAACAAAUGACAAACUAUGUUACUGUAAAAAGCUG